AUGGCGAGCCGCGAUAUCCCUCGGUCUGACAGUUCAUCUCUUUCGUGCUCCCCUGCAGCACUCCUCCGCGACUAUGCCCUUCACAUAGAACCCUCUACCCAUACCGAACAAGACAUUCCUCCCACACCUUCACCCAAGACGGAGAUCCAAGAGGAAGGCUUGUCGCUGCCUCUGACGCUACGACCCCUCCAAAAGGCCAUUUCUCGGCCUCGGUCCACAAAAGCCCUCUCCACCGAUUGCAUCCCGCGACAGACCAUCCUCAAAGCCCUGGCCUCGCGAUCCUCGUUCAGCAAGAAUUCAAACGCCAUGUCGGCGAAUUCGUGGUCGAAUGUGAUGAACAAAUCCACCCAGGCUUCCCCGCCUUUCGAUGAGCGACAGCGCCGCGGCAGCAAUGCCUCUCAAAAUCUCUCCACAGCCCUUUCCAACCUACAAUUAAGCGGAUACCUCGAUCGAUCGCCGGCAAGCGCGCGACUAGUAUUGCAGUCGCCAUGUUAUUUCCACCAGCGGUUUGACGACGCCGUCAACAUCAAGAAAGUGCUGGAGGAAAUUGCUGAUGACGAGUGGCUGUCCCAUUCACGGCUAGUGCAGACGGCAACCGGAGUGCGUGAGGUGUCCAAGCAAUUACAGCGCCGGCCCAUCAAACGCGCUGUGCGAAACAUCAUGAUUGUCACCAAGGCUCGGGAUAAUAGCUUGGUGCACUUGACCCGGGAAGUCACCGAGUGGUUGCUUUCAACGCCAAGAUAUGGGAACAAACAGGGUGUCAAUGUCUAUGUGGACGCGAAGCUGCGGAAUUCGAAGCGCUUUGAUGCACCGGGGCUCUUACAGAAAGACCCCAUGUUUGCGCAGAUGCUCCAUUACUGGACCCCUGAUCUGUGCUGGACUUCGCCCGAUAAGUUUGACCUCGUCUUGACACUCGGUGGCGACGGGACCGUUCUUUUCACUUCGUGGCUCUUCCAGCGGGUGGUACCACCUGUGCUGUGCUUCUCAUUGGGGAGCCUGGGCUUCCUGACAAACUUCGAAUUCUCCAAUUAUAAAUCACAAUUAAAUGGUGUCAUGGGCGAUGUUGGCAUGCGAGUCAAUCUCCGCAUGCGAUUUACAUGCACUGUGUACCGGAAAGAUCGGAGCAAAGGCGCAGAGGCCGGUGCGGUCGAGGAAGGCGAGCAGUUCGAAGUCUUGAACGAGCUGGUCAUCGACCGCGGCCCAUCUCCCUACGUCUCGAAUCUGGAGCUUUAUGCCGAUGACGACCUUCUCACCGUCGUCCAAGCAGACGGCUGUAUCUUCUCCACCCCGACCGGCUCAACCGCAUACUCUCUCUCAGCUGGCGGCUCUCUUAUGCACCCUUCCAUCCCCGGCAUCCUCCUCACACCCAUCUGCCCCCACACCCUUUCCUUCCGCCCAAUGGUCCUCUCAGACUCCCAUCUCCUCCGCAUCGCAGUCCCCAACACCUCCCGCUCAACUGCGUACUGCUCCUUCGACGGCAAAGGUCGCGUCGAGCUCCGCCAAGGCGACUAUGUCACCGUCGAAGCAAGCCAGUACCCCUUCCCCACAGUCGUCUCCAACAACAACGAAUGGUUCACAAGCGUCCAACGCGCUCUACGCUGGAACACCCGUGGCGCAAUCCAAAAAGGCUGGGAUGGCGGCGACGACGACCUCAGUCCUGAAUCCAACGAAGACGAACAAUGGGAUAUCGAUACAGACGCCGGCGUCGGCGGUACAGAUAGCGGUAUCGGUCCCAGCGAAGACGGAGACGCAUUGUCGCCCAACCCCAUGCGUCGACAAAUGAGCUUGCUCCAUAUGUGA